AUGUCAACCAACCCCCACCAUCCUCGCUUACUCGGACUGUGCUGGAGUUCUUUGGCACAGGCGAAAACCAUCCAUCCCAGCACCAUCUACUACGACACCGUUCAACAUCCAACACUCUACCAUCAGACCCUUAUUGAUCCGAGCAUUACGGUUCUAUCCAACCCGCCCACAAACAGCCCUGCGUUUGUUUCUUCUCACCAGCUUGUGCGCUCACAGAUUCGAAGAUGUCUUGGCAGGCAUAUGUUGAUUCUAGGCAGUGGCCAUGUGGACAAGGGAGCCAUCAUCAGUGCUGCUGGUGAUAGCGUUUGGGCUACCAGCGCCGGCUUCACCAUUUCUCCGACUGAGACAAAGGAGAUUAUUGCGGGGUUGAGCGGAAAGACAGACGAGCUAUAUGCAAAUGGAAUUCAUGUGGCAGGCGAGAGAUUUGUCCUCACAAAGGCAGAGGACCGGAGUCUCUAUGCUAGAAAGGGUAGAGAAGGCAUCGUUAUCGUGAAGACCACCCAAGCCAUCCUCAUCGCUCACUACAAAGACGGCAUGAUCGCCGGGAACUGCGCGACGACUGUUGAACAACUGGCAGAUUACCUCAUCAGCACAGGCUACUAG